AUGGGUGUCCUGUCGUGCUCGUGGCAUAGUCGACAUUUGCAGCGACGCCUUUUGCAAUUCCGGUCGUCUGCCAAAUUGGUUGUUUUUGUUGUAGUAUUCGCAAUAUUUACAGAUAACUUUCUCUAUGGACUGAUUAUCCCUGUCAUUCCGACAGCCUUACCCGAGCGAGGGGUCAUAGAAGGCAACGAUGACCAGCGGUGGGUAUCGAUUCUGGGGGCGGUAUUCAGUGCGUCGACACUGGUCGUCUCGCCUAUCACCUGGUAUUGGAUCAAGCGGGUCAAUUCACUAAGGUGGCCGUUCAUGGCCGGUUUGAUCGUCCUAACUGGCGCGACGGCUUUACUCUGUGUCGGGACUCACCUGGGGCUCUGGAUUGCCAGUCGCCUGCUGCAGGGUGCAGCCAACGGAGUCGUAUGGACGGUGGGCUCUGCGCUCUUGCGAGAGUCAGUGGGGGAAGAAGGACUCGGGCAAGCGUUUGGCUACGUUGGAAUGGGGAUGAAUCUUGGGGGGAUCGCCGGCCCGCUGCUGGGCGGUGCGCUGUAUGAGCAUGCCGGCUACUAUACGGUAUUUGGGCUGGGGUUCGCGCUGCUCGGGCUCGACAUGCUGUUCCGGGUCAUUCUGAUUGAGACAAAGCCCGCAACGAAUGGGCUCGAGUCCCGUGGCGAAUCCCUGGAGGGGGCAUUUCCCGCGCAUCCAGCCCCAGACGAAGAGGCCGACCCGGGCAGUCUCCCGGCAGAGAAGGCAAGUGCAUCGCAGACGCUGGCCUCAGACUCCGAAGUGGUCUCGGCUCUGUUGUCCUGCCCCCGCCUUUGGGUGGUUUUGUGGAGCUACAUGGUGACAGCUAUGAUCAUGACUGCGUUCGACAGCGUCUUGGCGCUCUUUGUCCGGGAACGGUUUGGCUGGAACCAAUCGGCCCAGGGUCUGGUUUUUCUAGCCCUAUUUAUCCCACAACUGCUCAACCCGGCCGUUGGGAUGAUCUGCGACAGGUACUCAAGGGCUGGCCGCUACAUGGUGAGCGGGGCAUUUGCCAUCGGCUGCCUGACUUUGACCCUUCUGCGCCUCGUAGUGGGCGACUCCGUGGGAUCAAAAGUACUUCUGUGUACGUUGCUCGCUGUCAUCGGUCUCUGUGUCACGUUCUCGAUGACUCCGUUAUUUGUAGAGAUCUCAGCCAUGGUGGGCGACAUGGAGAAAAAUGCUCCGGGGAGGCUGAACCAGGAAGCUGCGUCGGCCCUGGGUUAUGGGCUCAUGAACUCGUCUUGGUCUGCAGGAGCUCUUGUUGGGCCAUUCUUGGCCGGAUUUAUUAAAGAUGCGGCCGGCUGGAAUACCAUGGCUUGGGUGCUGGGACUGGUGGUUGGCGUGCCGGCAGUUUUGGUUCUAUUGUUCAUGGGAGAAAGCUGGCUGUUGCCCACCUGUCGGUCCGCAACAUUGUGCCAGAAUGAAGUGAUAGAGGGGGUCCACGUUUAG